ACAGCUGGUGACGUCGCUGUUGUUGUUGCAGCCUUUUGGUUUCUUUUAUUAUUAUCAUUAUUAUUAUUGUUAAUUUCUCCACUGCCAGGUUUUCAUCCUGCAUGAAGAAGCAGGUGUGUUAAUGUGUAUUUGGGACCUGCAACAGCGAAGGAGACGGUGAUGCCGUAGAGGAACCGAGCCUUGCCGACCCCCUUCCCCUCCAGGAGGAGAGGUCUCUUCAGAAAUGGCAACUGAACUUCAUGACACUAUAUUUAUGGCCAAGCAGGAGCGCCACAAAAACCUGUUUCUGAACUACAAAAACCUGAAUAUUUUCCCGGUGGAGCUGCUGAAAGAUGAAGGACUGCAGUUCUUAGAGAGACUGUACAUGAAGAGAAACUCCCUCACGUCACUGCCUGACAAUCUUGCGCAGAAGCUCCCGAACCUCAUCGAACUGUACUUGCACUCAAACAACAUAGUCCUUAUACCAGAAGCGAUUGGGAACCUGGCCAGACUGCAGUCGUUGGACCUGAGCAAUAAUGCCCUGCAGCUCCUCUGUCCCGAGAUCGGCAGACUGAGGUCCCUACGGCACCUGAGACUGUCCAACAACCAGCUUAAAUACCUUCCUCCAGAAAUUGGAGAUCUCCAGGAUUUGGAAACGCUGGACGUGGCGAUGAACCAGCUGAUAUCUUUACCAGAACAACUGCACCGCUGCGCCGCCCUGCAGAACCUGACGGUGGACCACAACCUGCUGAGCCAUGUGCCCCGCCAGCUCUGCUGGCUGCACCGGCUCAACCAGCUCUCCAUGGCUGCAAACCGACUCACCGUCCUGCCACUCGACCUGGGCCGAUCGCGGGAGCUGCAGUUUGUGUUUGUGGACAACAACGUGGACCUAAAAGGCCUCCCCUCCUACUUGUAUAACAAGGUCAUCGGCUGCAGCGGGUGUGGAAUAUCAUCUCACGUCCUGGCGGGAGACGUUGGAGAAGCGCUGGGUGAGGUUUUGAGCGACACCCUGGUCGGGCUGCCGGCAGAAGUGAAGCUGAUCGGCUCAAAGACGGAUAACGUGGCUCCGCUGGAGGAGCUGGCGAUGAGGACUCUCCACUGCCUCUACCACCACCGGCCAGCGGACCUGAAGCUGCUGCCGCCCAUCAGCCUCCCAAAGAGCCUGCUGGAGCUGCUUCACUUCCCUCUGGGUCACUGUCACCGCUGCAGCCAAGCCAUGUUCACCAUCAUCUACCCCAAGCUGUUCCCCCUCCGGGACACGGCCCUGGCAGGAGUGCACCGCAGGACGACCGUCAGCUUCGUGGCGUACUGCUGCUCCAGUCGCUGCCUCCGAACCUUCGACCUGCAGGGUUGACGUCCCGUCUGCUCGUCCACUCCUGAGUUUGUGCCGUCAUCCUUCACCGGGCAGUGAACCGCGGUUCUCGUGUUGGAGCAUAAAAGACCUCGCCGAUGUGGCUCGUGCACAGAUUUGGAGGGUCGGCCGGUCGACGCGCUGCCGCUUAGGAAACAUCAGCACUUCAGGGGGGAAACAAAGACUCAUAAACGACAUUCCUAACUGUGACGGGCUGAGGGUGUGACGCCCCCGAGCGUUUAGGAGUCGUGAGUGGACAGAACCACCGCCGCCUCAUCCACUCACACGUUUAGGCCCGGACUAACGAGUGAUGCCUCUACUCACCAGUCAGCACUUUUCAGAGCAAACUUUUCUUUGUUUUUGUGUAAUUUUCUUCUCUGCAGAAGUUUCUUGCAGCGGCCUUACCCCAGCGAUCUGUUUCACAGGUUGCAGAAUAAUAUUUAAAGGCUUAUUUGAGCAAAUGUGUGUGUAUUUGAUUGAUGUUAUUUUCAGCAGUCGGACGCUCGGGUCCCACAGGAAACUACGCCCAGUAAAAACCUGAGAUCAGCCUUUGGGGCGACGUAGAUGGGACACUUCCAUCGCUGCAUGAGGCACAUUCACGGACACGAUUGCACUGUUUCCAAAUACAAACAUCUCAUUCAUUAGGUAUUAGUGUCAGUAAAAGUGUCUCUGUAACUGUUAAAGAGCAGCCGGAGCCGGUCGGCCCGCUCUGCCAGCGACGUGGUGACGUUCCAGGUUUUAUGCUUUCAGAGCAACAUUUCAUAGCUGACUGUGUUUGAAGACAUUAAAACAGCUUUACUCUGUAAAAGUUACCUUAACUCUGAAGCCAAAUUGUUGGAUUAAUGUUCAAAGACUCAGUUUGAAGUUAAUUUUGUCUUAUUGUCUGAAUAAUUCGCACUGAGCUUAGGGCUGGGCGAUAUGGACCAAAAGUUAUAUCUCGAUAUUUUUCUAGCUGAAUGUUGAUACUCGAUAUAUAUCCAUAUUUUUUCUGUGCCAUAAUUGGGGUUUCCCCCAAAGCAUUAUAGCAUAGCAUCUCUGUUAGCAUCUCUGUUAGCUUCAUUUUUUUCAGUUUUUCAGUUUUAAUACAAAGCCUCGUUCCAAAUGUCACACAGGUUCCUUUAUUAACAGAGGUCUGCACAAUAUCAAAAUGUAUAAAACAAAUGAAAUAAAAAUAAACUGCCUGCAUAUAUAGAAUAAAAAUGCUUCUUGAAUAAAAAUAAAACAAAUAUCCCUUUCCUGCAUAACAAUUAAAUUCAAAUACACUGUGUAAUUAAUACAAUGUAGACAGUAACAGGCAGACUUUUCCACUGAGGUUGACAGUUGUGCAAAUAACAAAACAUUUGUGCAAAUCUCAAAUAAAACAUUCAAGUCAAUUUGUCACAAAAUAAGCUAUAUCAAAAUCAUUAAAAAAAUGAAUAAAAAUUUAAAUCGAUAUAAAUGAUAUUGUCUGGUACCAUAUCGCGUUUGAAAAUAUAUCGAUAUAUAUUAAAAUCUCGAUAUAUCGCCCAGCCCUAACUGAGCUGAUGCUUGUGUGUCGUACCGUUCUUAUUCAUUGUUCCCACCGCGUUGCAUUCGGCAGUAAGUCUUUACUAAUGUUCGCCUUUGUGUGAGUUUGUACCGUUUAACUGGAGUUCAUAAGAGUAGAAAACCUUUCAUAUUCAGAUUUAGACCGAUGCAGCUUUCAGAUGUUCAGAUGUCUCACAAGCGCCUGCUUUGGCUUUCUCUGUUCUCUGUGACGUUACUGCAGAAAAAUGUCUGUUUCCUGUUACAGUAACGGCUGUAGCUUAAAUCACAUGACCGUUACAUCCGGCAGUGACGUCAGCGGCUCAGCCCAGACGAGGCCUGUGGCUUCCCAGAAUGGGGAAUAAAAUUUCAAGAAGCUUCGUUAACAAAC